ACGGGCAUUACAUUUCAGAAGUAAGCUUAUAAAACUCAACAUGUCUACAAAUUUUGGCUCAAAGGAUGGAAUCCUCAUUCGGAUCAUGACUGUGGAUGACUACAAACUGGUGAAGAUCUUCAUGAGAGAACAUUUCUUCAUUGGGAAUCCGAUGAACGACGCUUGCGACGAAGAUGUCCAGAAGUGCAAUGAGAAGGAAAACGAUGAAUACCACAUAGAUAUGAUAAAGCAGAACACAUCUCUAUUGGCUGUCAAGGAUGACGACGAAGAACAAAUCGUUGGUUUUGUUCUAGCCGGUGCUCAAGUGCCGAGUGAUUUGGAGAAGAGUCGCAAAGAGGCAGACGAAUUGGAAGAAAAUGCCUGGAAACGCAUUGCAGUGUUUAAUUCGUUGAUUGAAAGAGAAGCGAAUGUCUUUAAGCACUACGGAGUCUCUGAGGUACUCUACUCCCACAUAACCACUGUUCACACCUCGAUGCGGGGCAAGGGACUUGGUGCACGAUUAGCUAAAGCCUUGAUGGAACUGGGUCGCUCCAAGGGCUUUCCUGCAAUGGCAGCUUCAUGCUCCAGCUACUAUUCAGCUCGACAAAAGCAGGCGUUGGGCAUGGAGUGCAUUUAUAGUCACGCCUAUGAUGACUACAAAGAUAUUAACGGCAAUGUAGUCUUUAAAACUCAAGCUCCUAACACUCAUGUUCGUUUUCUGGCCAUGAGAUUGUGAUUUGUUUAUUCUUAUUAGUAUUAAGAUUGGCAAGUUUAAUCAAAUAGUUUAAAAUACACUACACUACUACUAGAAAAUACGUUGAUAAUAAAAAU